UUCGCGCACCGACGAAGUAAGAGCCGGAAUCAUGAGGAAAUAUCAGAUUUACGUGAUUUGUUUUGUUGUUUUGGCUUUUGCCGCUGCCACAGCUACAAGAGUUUGCAGCAACAGAAAUAUCUUGUGCUCUGUGGUUAGAUCAACUAGUUGUUCAAAGAAAAUCGUUUCCAGUCAUUGCCCAAGGCUUUGCAACACAUGUGGAGCAAAAUGUCGAAACAUAAAGGCGUCAAUGCGCGUUGAUUGUGGCUACCAUGGAAUUAGUCCGUUGGAUUGCUUGAGAAAGGGAUGUUGUUAUGGCGAAUUAAAGGUGGCUGGCCCGUGGUGUUAUCAUCGAAAAGCAAACUGUCCCAUGAUUGAAGCAAACAAACGUGAAGAUUGUGGUUACCCUGGGAUAAGCAAAUCAGAUUGCGUCAAAAAAGGAUGCUGUUACAACGCGAUCAAGGAAAAGGGACCGUGGUGUUAUUACAGGCAAGAAAAAUGCCGGAAAAUAGCAGCAACAAGACGUCAUGAUUGUGGUUAUCCAGGCAUAACGAAGCGGGCAUGCGAGAAGAAAGGCUGUUGUUAUAGUGAAUUGCUAAACCAAAGUGGACCGUGGUGCUACCACCGCCUAGAAAAAUGUCUGCGCAAAGCAACAGAACGUGACGACUGCGGCUAUCCUGGUAUAACAGAAUUCGAAUGCAUGAAAAGAGGUUGCUGCUAUAAUUCAUUGCCCGGUCGUGGGCCAUGGUGUUAUUACCGAUGAGAUACGAGGACCUUCGGAAGAUUAUAUGCGAACUUUAGUGUACUCAUUGUUGUAAAAAUAUGUUGUCAAAUAAAUACCUCUAAUAUAUGAACUUUU